CAUGGCGAGUCGAGAGGACCAAAACCCAGCAAAAGUUCUAUUAUUUUAAGGCUUCUAUUUUUCCACUAAGGUCUCUCUUCUGCACAUUAAGAAUACCAGCAAAAGUUCUAUUAAUUAUUAGGGUCAGCUAUCUCAAGAAUGGGUACACUACUACUACUAGGCUUCUAUUUUUCCACUAAGGUCUUCUACACAGACACGCUGGCUUAUUUUAAAGAGAGUCUUUUUUAUUAUUAGAAAUGUGCGAAACGGAAAGGGAAACUCCAUAAUUGGUCCGCAAAACGAGACUUUCCCGUGAGUGCUGUUACUCUUGAUCUUCCCAAUGAUCUCAGCGAUAAUUGAGGUUGAGCUCGCUUUUCUGGCUCUGUUCUCUCGCUUCAAGGGUUGCUUAAAUAUAUAAGAUCUAUAGCACCUUUUUUGAACAGAAUAGAAAUCGAGACCCUUGGUCUAAAACUGAUAGUUCUUAUUUAAGUAUCUCUUUUGUCUUUUCUUGUUCUUAAUUAUCUCCUACAACCGGUUCGUUUUCCCUCUUUGUCUCUUCUUAGGCUUAUUUCCUCACGCAAUAUCGAAUUCCUAUUCAUUUCUAGGCGCGCGUUCGCGCAAAAUAUGACGCGUUCGCGCAAAAUAUGAAUGAGUGAAUACUAGGCUAAGUAAAACCUUACUAGGAAAGGGGAAAAAUCGUUGUAACAACUAGCUCUUAACUGCUGCUAGCUUAGCACGGUUAGCAAGUAGCUCUGACUGCCUCUACACCUAGCUCUUAGCUGCUACUUUUUAGCAUGAUGAACAACAACUAUUUUCAACAACUAGCUUCAACCUUUAAUCCGUGCGGUCCCGACGACGGCAAGAAGCGGCCGGUUAUGAUUGUUUGCUACGACCUCUUUGCGCAGAUGUUGCUUUUAAGGUUUAGGUUAUAAUAAAGAAAGAAUAUUAUGAUCUGCUUGUCGGGGGUGCUCGUUGUGCAGGAUCAUUCACAACCUACUAACCUAACCUAAGCACAUAGCACAUGAUCCAACGUUGUAACCUAUAUCUAACCUGUGCCCUUCUAGGGGGCCCCCUACUGUCAGUCUCGCCUCUCCUCUCUAAGACUCUGGGAUGAAGCGAAGACUAUGGCAUGGUUCAAACAAAAAAAAUGGGAUGGGACGGAUGAGGUAGAGUUUGCGAAGAAAAUAGCGAGGGGAGAAGAGCUAGAUUUUCGGAACUGGCAGAUGCACAAACACAAACUACAAAAAAACAAAAGUGAAGCUGAGAAAAACGCUCCAGCAAAAGAGAAGGCGCCAAAGGCAAAUCUUUAAGGCUCUGCUUUGCUUACUUAAUCUUCAUCUUGAAAAAAAAUACGAAUACGUGGUUUGUUCUUUUCCCUCAUGAUGCUAGGUCAGCAAGUCCCUUCAUUUCCAAUAUACAGUACGCAUCGUAAUUAGAUUCCACUAGCAUUAAAAGGGAGGAUGAAAGUAGACUCAAACUUCCCCUGCGUCCCCUCGCGUCAAACUCUACCCCAAGAACAGGCAAAUGGGUGAAUGAGUGAAUGAAUGAGAGCGGAUGAAUAUAAGGAGACUUCGUUUAUUUUGAGAAUCCUCUCAUCUCCAUCUGGGAACUCCAGCUUGUUUCAUUUUCUGAAGAGAAUCAAUGGAACUACUCACGUCUAGUCUAAUCUUCUUCGAAGUACUCAAAGAAACUUCUUCUUUUCUUCUAAUCUUCUCAAAAAAAGAAGCCUGGAGCAUCAGAUUCGAGCUCAAGCAGUGAAUCGUCGGAUUCUAGUGAGUUAUCGAUGUCUAGCGAUCAGGAAGUUACGACAAAAAGUUUGAGCUAUAGUGGGAUACGUUUCUGAUGAAAUAAACACUUACAAUACAGCACAUUUUUUGAAUCUAAAAUUCGAAGAGACCGUUCUUUUUCUCUACUCCUGUGGGAAAAAUAGUCCUCUUAGUCAACAUAGAUAUAGAAACAGCUUCUGCUGCUCUAAUUUUUAUUCCGCCAAGCCUUCCUCCUCUGCGUCAUCCUCCUCUGCUCACGCCAAGACCGGGCCUUCAGCUGCUCAAGCGGCCAAGGGAUCG